AUGCAAUACAAAAAGACUCUAACAACCGCUGCUUUAACUGCCACUGCCUUUGCAGCUUACCUUCCACACGAACCAUGGUCUACUCUAACUCCAUCUGCUACUUACAAAGGUGGUUUGACUGAUUACGCUUCUACUUUCGGUAUUGCCGUUCAACCAAUUGCCACUGCUUCCGUUGCUAAAAGAGAUGCUGUUUCUCAAAUCGGUGAUGGCCAAAUCCAAGCCACCACUAAGACCACAUCUAAAGCUACUACCAAGACUAAAGCUGCUGCUGUUUCUCAGAUAAAUGAUGGUCAAAUCCAAGCCACCACUAAAACUAAAGCUGCUGCCGUUUCUCAAAUCGGUGACGGUCAAAUUCAAGCCACCACCAAGACACAAGCUGCCGCUGUCUCUCAAAUUGGUGAUGGUCAAAUCCAAGCUACUACUAAGACUCAAGCUGCUGCUGUCUCUCAAAUUGGUGAUGGUCAAAUCCAAGCUACUACUAAGACUUUAGCUCCAACCAAAACUAAAGCUGCUGCCGUUUCUCAAAUCGGUGACGGUCAAAUUCAAGCCACCACUAAGACUCAAGCUGCCGCUGUCUCUCAAAUUGGUGACGGUCAAAUUCAAGCCACUACCAAGACUCAAGCUGCCGCUGUCUCUCAAAUUGGUGAUGGUCAAAUUCAAGCUACUACUAAAACGACCAAAGCAGCUGCUUCUCAAAUAGCCGAUGGUCAAGUUCAAGCUACUUCCUCUUCCAUUGCUCACAACUCCACUUCUAUCCCAAAUGAAAUCAAGGACGCUAGCGACCCAGUUACUGGGGAAACCUGUAAAACUUCUGGUACUUUACAAAUGAACUUGAAAAGUGGUAUCCUAACUGACGGUAAGGGUAGAAUCGGUUCCAUUGUUGCCAACAGACAAUUUCAAUUCGACGGUCCACCACCACAAGCUGGUGCCAUCUAUGCUGCUGGUUGGUCAUUAACUCCAGAAGGUAACUUAGCCAUUGGUGACAACGAUAUCUUCUACCAAUGUUUGUCUGGUAACUUCUACAACUUAUACGAUGAACACAUUGGUUCUCAAUGUACUGCUGUCCAUUUACAAGCUAUUGACUUGGUAAGCUGUUAA